AAGACUUAUAAUCUUUCGAUCAGAGAAGGGUAAGGUACUACAGAGAUUUCUUAAAACUAUGGCUCUUACAGAAGUCCAAUGGCGUUCGAUCGUAACUCAGAAAGAUCCUACGGAUGUUUCCCCAAGUUUAGGUGUUCGAAGAUGCUUAUUUGGACCGGUUGAUCACUCAGAAACACGCGCGCAUCUACAACGAGAAAUGAAAACUAUGGUGGAAGAUGGGAUUCGACGAUGGAACUUCGAUUUUGAGAAGGGAACACCGUUAAAAGGAAGAUAUCUAUGGCAUAAAACACCUUCAAAUGAUGUUCAAAAUGACAUUCCUUCGUCAAGCAUUACUUUAAAUUCAAGGAUUUCUACAUUAAGAGACUCUAGUUGUACGAAAAGUGCCGACGUAGAAUUGAAUUCUUCAGCUACUACUACUACUACUACGAGUAUAACGUGUGAAAAUUCCACAACUCAAACCAGCAAAAUAACAGAGCAGAAUCCACGAAAAAGAGUCCCGAUUAACAAAAUUACAGGAUUUCUGAAGCAGAAGAAGCCGAAAUUAUGCUCAAAAAUCGAUAAAGAUACGCCAUCUUUUCGAAGACAAACGCGAUCUUCCGUCAAACAAGCCGGACAAAUGCGUUUGGACAAGUUUUUAAAUUGAAACAAAAUUCAUGAAUGGCUUCAAAUAAAGAAUCAUCCACGUUUUGGAGCAAGAAAUUCAAAAAUACAUUAGAGAUAUCUUGUCAAAGAAUCAAUUUUGAUGAUUUCAGACACUUUAAACUCUUUAUAGAUAUUGUAAAAAAAUAUAUUAUGUGAAUAUAAAGAAAAAGCCGUUAAAGGGAGAAAAUCUUUUAUAUCUCUGUAUGGCAUGCUUUUGAGAUCUUUAUCUUCAUCACAUCUUCAUUCUCCAAGAGAAUAAGUACAAACUAUUUUGUUAUCUUCAUCCUAAGGAUGGGCUAUAUGUUACUAUUUCUUAAUGUUUGACUAUUGCAUAAUAAUAUUUCUCUGGAUACAGAUGUAGUUAAAUAUAUUGUUCUCAAUAGAGAAUGUUUGGUUAGACAUUAAAAGACAUUUAUUUGAUUUA